AAGCAGCACGUGCACAGGCAGGGGGCAGGCACAGUUGGAACGUUGUUUUACACUCAGCACAGCCGGAGUUCAGCAGCAGCAAGGCAGGGAAAUGUCCUCUAGUCGUGAGCAGUUCUUGUACGGAGCCAUAGUCGGUGCAGGAGCCGUGGCCCUUGGGGCAGGCGCUUUUCUGGCCACCUCCGGCUUGUGGUGUGCCUCUCGGCGUCAGCCGCAACACGACCAUACGCGCUCCUUGGAUCAUGCUCCACGUCACGGUCACGGACACGGGGACCACGAUCACGAACACGAAGGAUGUGGCAGCGAUUAUCUCUUCAGAAACUUCAUUACUGGACAGUAUGCCCCGCCCGAGGAGCUGGCGCUGUAUCCGUUCACUCCGAAAGAGUUGAUCGAGUUCCACCGCAAAUGCGCGGACGUCUGCAUCAAACACAAACAGGAGGGAGUGGAGAGUCGGGCGAUGGAGGUGGGGUGUGCUGCUGGUCGGACCUCGUUUGAGCUAAGUAGAGGGUUUGACUCGGUGCUGGGGGUGGACAUCUCUCAGGCCUUCGUGGACAAGUGCAACGAGAUCAAGAGGAUGGGGCAGACCGAGUACUGGCUGCCGGGAGAGGGAGAGCUAGGAGAGACCAAGAUCGCUCACCUCCCUCCUGAAAUCAAAAGGGACAGGGUGGAGUUUGUGCUAGGUGACGCAUGCAGCCUACCUCCACUGGGGCAGUUUGGCUGCGUCUUCUGCUCCAACAUUCUCUGCACAAUCAAAGACCCACACAAAUUCCUGCGAGACACGCACAAGUACGUGGUCCCUGGUGGGACUCUGGUGAUGGCUGAGAACUAUAUGAGACAUGGAGACGCUGCUGAGGUAAAUCAUAACGGUGGAACAAGCAAUCCUAACCAGCCCAAGUCCCUCCAACAAUUUCUAACCACAUAAUUGCAAUUUUCCUGUAAGAAUUUCUGCU